CAAUAAUUUGAUAAAUGUUGACAGUGGAUACAAAGUUCUAAAAAAUGUCCGUUCCAGCCCAGCGUUUUGGGAAAACAAGAAAAAAGAUUUGCUGGCAAUGAUUAGACAGUUAAAGAAGCCUUCUUUUUUCCUGACCCUCUCAGCAGCUGAAAGUAGAUGGCCAGAGCUCAUCUCUCAUCUUUCAAAAAUCAAUACAAAUAAGAAUUUGAGUAUUUCUGAAGCUCUUCAACUGAGUGAUUAUGAAAAGACCAAUUUGAUUCAAAAUGAUCCAGUGACCUGUGCACGAUAUUUUGAUUAUAAAAUAACGAAAUUUAUGAAAUUGAUCAAAGAAGAGGACUGCAUUUUUGGAGAGCAUGUUGUGGAAGAUUCGUAUCAGAGAGUGGAAUUCCAAUUGCGAGGAUCUCCACAUGAACACAUCUUCCUGUGGUUAAAAGAUGCCCCAGUGUAUGAUGCUUCAAACCAUGAAAGUGAAAAGCAAUGUAUCAAAUUCAUUGAUAGAUUUAUCACAUGUGAGUACAAUGAGAAUGACCCUUACGUUGCUUUGCAAAACCAUAGGCACACACACACAUGUAGAAAAGGUAAAGGCAAUAAGCAAGUAGUAUGUAGAUUCCACUUUCCUUUACCAGUUUUACCAAGAACAAUGAUACUCACGCCACUUCCGACACAAGAAAUCACCGAUUUAAAUAAAAUGAAUUACAAAAAAAUAGAUAAAUUGAUGAACUUCUUCUUCAAGAAGAAAAUUUUGUUAUCAUUUGAUGAAGUGCUGGAGAAGUUAGAAAUGAAUGAUGAACAAUAUAUUUUAGCUUUAAGAUCGUCAAUCAAAAUACCUAAAAUAUUUUUGAAAAGAACAACUCUUGAAGUCGGAAUUAAUUGCUAUAACAAACAUAUCUUACACUGUUUCGAAUCAAAUAUGGACAUACAGUUUGUGUUGGAAGAAUUUGGCUUAGCAUCUUAUAUUAUCAAUUAUGUAAGCAAAGCAGAGACAGGUCUAUCUAAACUAUUAAGAAAUGCUGCAAAAGAAAUGGAAGAAGGAAAUGUGGGAUUGAAAGAGCAAAUGAGAAAAGUUUCAAAUGUUUUCCUCAAUUGUCAAUUGAUGUCUGCUCAGGAAGCUAGCUACGUCUUAUUGUCUCUACCUGUAUCCAAAAGUAGCAGAAAAGUCAUCUUCAUUAAUACUAGCCCACAAUGUGAACGUGUACUAAUGUUGAAGAAGAGAGCUCUUUUGGAACAAUUACCAGCAGAUUCAGAAGAUGUAUUCAUGGACAACAUUGUUGAAAAAUAUAUGAAACGGGAGAAAUCUGUAGAAGAUAUCUGUUUGGCCGAAUUCGCUUCUUGCUACUAUUCAAGAUUAACGAGGAAAAACAUCGAUGAUGAGAAUGAUGAUCAAUCAAGCAAUGAAAAUCUUAACAGAAGAAAACGACCAGCUGUGAUACGAUAUAGAAGAUACAAGGCAAAAUUGGAUCCUCAGAACUAUUUCCGAGAGCAGGUCCUUCUUCUUCUACCAUUCAGAGAUGAGAGAAGGGAGAUUGAAGAGAAAGACUGUCAUCAGAUAUAUUUGGACAAUAAAGAAUCAAUUGAAUUGAACCGAUUAAAAUUUAAUGUUGUUGAAGACGAUUCAAUAGAAGAGGCAAUAGAGAAUCUUCAAAACAAUGAGGAAGAAGACUCUGGAGAAGAAGGUAGUUGCGCAGAGCCAGUUGAUAUUUUUGUUCAGGGUGGUAUGAAUGACAAAACUGAUGUUAAUAUUACUAAUAGAAUAAGCAUCCCGAAGCGAAUAAAUGUCGACGAUUUGAGAGAACUCAUUUCAUCUCUGAAUAAUGAACAAAAACAAUUUGUCAUGCACCUUUUGCAUAGAUACAAAUCAAAUAAGUUACCGUUCAACAUUUUUCUGAGUGGGUCUGCAGGAGUUGGCAAGAGUACAGUAAUUAGAGCAGUGUAUCAAUUGAUCACACAUUUCUUUGAUAGCCAGCCUGGAUCAAACAAAGAUAAGGUUGUUGUUUUGCUCUGUGCACCUUCUGGCAAAGCAGCUUUCCUGAUAAAUGGAGUCACACUACAUACAGCGUUUGCUCUUCCAGUAGCACAAUUUUCUGGGAAUAUGCCCCGUCUAUCGAAUGAUAUUGCCAACACGCUACGAGAAAACUUGAUUAACAUGAAGCUCCUGGUAAUUGAUGAAAUAUCAAUGGUGGGCAGUAAACUUCUAAGUCGAGUUGACAAUAGGCUGCGGCAAAUAAUGGGCCGGAAUGAGCCUUUUGGUGCUGUAUCUGUAUUGGUUGUCGGUGAUCUCAACCAACUACCACCAGUUAUGGACACUCCUGUCUAUAAGUUUCCUCCAAUAAAUGAUCUGGAGAAAUUAAUUGAUCGCAGUCCUCUGUGGGAUCAGUUUUCUCUUUUUGAACUGAAACAAAUAAUGCGGCAGAAGGACGACCUCUCAUACAUCAAUGUCUUGAAUAAUAUUGCUCUUGGUAAUAUAUCUGAUUCAGAUGUCGACUUAAUAAAUUCCAGAAAAGUUGAUGACAAUAAAAUUCCUGUAAAUGCUAUUAGAUUAUUCUCCAAAAAUGUCGAUGUAGAUGAGUAUAAUCAAUUUAGAAUUGACGAAGCCCCAGGAACAAUUUUCAUAUCUUUUGCUGAAGAUCAUGUGCUGGGAUCACUUUCAGAGCAAUCAAAACUGAGAGUAUUAAAUUCUGUGAAAAAGAAGAAGCCUACAGAAUUAAAUGGUUUGAGCAAUGAAGUCCAUUUCAAAGUUGGUCUCAAAUACAUGAUCACCAGCAAUAUUGACGUUGGAGAUGGCUUAGUGAACGGUGCUUGUGGUACUCUAGAGGAAAUAAUAUUCAAGCCCAGCUCAAACUCACCUCAUAAAGUUUUCAUUAAUUUCAAUGAAGAGAGAGUAGGCUCAAAAGCCAGGUUAUUACAAAGAAGUUACAUGCUAAGUCAUGGCAUUGGAUCAGGUUUAACUCCAAUUGACAGAUCGAAACAGAUUUUGAAUUAUUCAAGUAAACUGGAACGGCAGGUAAUUAGAAUUCAAUUUCCAUUAGUGAGUGCAGAGGCCAUCACUAUCCAUAAAAGCCAAGGCCAGACUUACAAUGAAAUCUGCAUCAACUUUGAUAAACUAAAAAACGUCACAAAGUCAAUGCUGUAUGUAGCUCUAAGUAGAGUGAAAAGUUUGUCUGGACUCUAUGUUCUGGGAGAAUUUAGACGACCAAAGUUGAAUAAGAAAGAGGAUCCAACAUUAUUGGAGAUGGCCAGAUUAAGAGAGAAUAAAAUGUUGAGAUUAUCCGAUGAGAAUGGAGUGACCGAUCCAAAAUUCGAUGUUCACGAGGCUCAUUCUUCAAACAAGAAUAUGAACUUAUCUACCGAAAAUUCAAAGAAAAUUAAGAAAACUACCAAAAUCAAUAAAAAUAUUCAUAAGUUUGAUUAUUACCUUCAGGAUGAUGAUAUCCAAAAUUUCCAUGACAUUCUUCUAGAAAACACCGACUACAAACCUCAGUCAACUCUGCUGGUUCAAAUUCCAGAAUUAAUAGAAUCAAGGAGAGAAAGAAAAAAUAUACAGAUACUAUACCACCGAUUAGGCAACAAAAAUGAAUAUUCUGUUAUUGGACAUUGGAUCUGUACGUAUUAUGACGGCAAGACUGUCCAUGUCUAUGAUAGUUUGAACAUCACAAAUCUACACAGUGAUUGUUUGUUAUACUUAGAUAAAUUGUAUGGAAAUACUAACAUAAAUUUCCAUAAAGUUCAGAAUCAAAAAAACGGAUAUGAUUGUGGCGUAUAUGCAAUCGCCUUUGCAGUAUCAAUUUGCUUGAACGAAGAUCCAACUAAUUGCUCAUAUGAUGAUAAAUUAUUAAGGAGCCAUUUGGUCACAAUUUUGAGUGAGAGAAGACUUCUGAAAUUUCCAGUUCGAGAGGAAGAUUGAAGAAUAGAAUGCGUUUGUUCGAAUACUAUGCUGACGAAAAUUGAUAGAAUAGAUUAUUUGGAUUACUCAAUGAAAUGGUAAACAGAACAAUUUGAUGAAUAAUUAUAUUGAACAGUUAUAACAGUAAAACUUUAAGGUCUUAUUGAUUUCCAAACUAUUUAUCUAUGAAACUGUAUAUAACUAUGUGAUUUGUUUUUUCUUUUUGACGUGAAUUAUCUUACUCAAAUAUGAUUCAAUAUUGUGAAUAAUAAUUUUAUUCGAAUAUUCAUGCAUACUCUGCUUCACUUUGGUAUUACAAAAUCAUAAAAUCCCUGUUUUAAGCAGGAAAUAUUCGUGUUGAAGAUACAUACUAGGCCGUGGUUUAUAUUCUUAUCUAGCUAUAAACCAAUAAUUCAGAAUUAACGAUGAAGUAGGGGAAACAAUGAGAACAAGUAGAAGGAGUAAAAGAGUAAAAGAAAGGAUUGGAAGGGUGCGAUGAAGGGAGAAAAAAUAUGUGAAGAGAGGAGAAAGAAAUAAGGAGAAGAGAAAGAUUGAGAAUACAUGAUUAAAACAUAGUAAGUGAAGGCCAUUAUGUCAAGCCUUUAAAUUAUUACGUGAUAGAUAUAUACAAUAUUUCUAUUUCAUUUGAAGACUUCAAGACUAUAUCCUAGUAUUUUGCAGUUUUGCUAUAUGCUGAUGAUAUUCUCAUUAUACUGCAUGCUGAUUUUUAUUAUUAUUGUCACAAUAAUUCACUAACUGGAACAGUUUGUUGUUGAUUAACAGUAACAGCAAGAAAAUACUAAAAUCAAAUAUACUUGUGGAUAUAAGUGAUAAAGUGGGA